AUGCCAGCGCUGUCGGGCGGGUUUGGUGAACAAAUAGAGGAUUAUGAAGUGCUGAAUUUAUUGGGUAAAGGAGGCUUCGCCAGUGUUUACAAGGCAAAAUGUCGUCGAAGUGGCAUGGAAGUCGCGAUCAAAAUGAUCGACAAAAAACUGAUGCAAGCAGCUGGGAUGGUGGGUAGAGUUCGACAAGAAGUCUCAAUACAUUCUCGUUUAAAGCAUCCCGCAAUACUCGAAGUGUAUACUUUCUUCGAAGAUGCUAACUACGUUUACUUAGUUUUGGAAUUAUGCCACAAUGGGGAAUUGCAACGAUAUCUAAAAAUGCAGGGCUCGCGUGCUCUGCUAGAGGAACACGCUGGGCGUAUAAUUAAACAAGUAGUUCAAGGCUUAUUGUACCUGCAUUCCUACCAGAUACUCCAUAGAGACAUGUCUUUGUCAAAUUUACUGUUGACGAAGAACAUGCAAGUUAAAAUAGCGGAUUUUGGUUUGGCAACUCAGUUAACGCGGCCGGAUGAAAAACACUUAACAAUGUGUGGAACUCCUAACUACAUUUCCCCAGAGGUUGCUACAAGAUCAUCACAUGGCUUGGAAGCUGAUGUUUGGGGAUUGGGGUGUAUGUUGUACACUUUACUAGUUGGGAAGCCACCUUUCGAUACGGAUGCUGUUAAAAGUACGCUCACUCGUGUAGUAAUGGCGGAUUACACGAUACCGUCUCACUUAUCCGAAAAUGCCAAGGAUCUCAUUGAUAAGUUACUUAAGAAAAAUCCGAAAGAGAGAAUUAGGUUGAGAGAUAUCUCCAAACAUCCUUUCAUAGCUUCAAUUGAUAAGUCCAAAGUCAAUGGGGAAAAGGGCAGCAUAUCGUCUGAUUCUGGCCUCGGGUGUUCAGGUCGAACCUCUUCUUCGAGUGGUCGACCCCGAAUGCGUUCAAGGUCAGAAGAAAGAACCUCCUGCACUCCCAUCUUACCGAUUUCUUUCACUGGUGUUGGAUCAGCAGUUAGUGCAAGAAGCGAACCUCUUACAAAAAAGCAUUUUUCCAAUCAUGCAAAAUAUCCGAAUUAUGGCCAGGAUGAAAAUUCCGUUCUUGCCGGGAUUCCACCACCUCCGAAAAGCAGAAUUUUCUCUCACAGCGACCACUACAGUGGAUCUCAAACAGGAGAAAAUGAAGAUCAUCGGAAAAGCCAGAGGCAAAAGAAAAAGGAUCGAGAAGUUGACAAUUUCGGCGAUGCUGAAGAAAAUGCUCCCAAUAAAUUGCAGGUUUCUCCCCUCAAUUCUGAGAGGCUUCUGCCCACAAGGCAUAAGACGAAAAAUGCGGUUCUGACUAUCCUUGAAAAUGGAGAAGUUUGUAUAGAGUUCCUAAAGAAGAAAGGGUCAACGGAAAAAGUAACCGAUGUUUGCAGAAUAUCAAGUGAUGGUUUAAGAAUAGUUUUGUAUAGAGUUGACCCCCAAGAAGUGGGAUCGGCACCGUUGCCUUUGCCAUUUAAAGGCGCGGAUAGCAUUCACUCAUAUGAAACGUUACCUUCUAGACAUCAUAGAAAAUAUCUAUAUGCUGCUCGUUUUGUAAAAUUAGUUAAAGCAAAGACUCCGAAACUGACGAUUUACACGCCAAAAUCCAAGUGCCUUUUUAUGGAAAAUGGUCCUCAUCCUGAUUGCGAAGUACAUUUUUACGAUGGAGUGAAGGUGAUUCGUGUAGACGGCGUUGUCAAAAUACAAGAUAAGGGAAUGACGUAUGAAGAAGGGGACGUUCCUUCAAGUUUGGAGGACUACUUGGAUCAAUAUUCAGAUUGCUACAAACGUUGUCUUUUACUUGAAUCUUCUUUAACUUCCUUGGAAACUGCGACUGGGUUCUCGUGUUUUCCAGCAAUAAUAGGACGUAGGCCAACUUCGGCAUUGAAUGACACACCCUGUUUGCGAGGGAAAGAAAAUGUAUCAACUGCAGUUGCCAGUCCACCAGUUAUGCCUUCCUUCGAUGCCAGUUGCUCUGUGGUAUCGACAGUUGCAUCUCGAUCGAGAAGACUGAAUUCCGUUCAAAUGUCUUGCUCGGAGAUGAGUAAAGUUGUAGUUCCUGGAAUUGGAAUGGCCAUGCAAUUGCCAUCUGGCGAUGUCAGAGUCGAUUUCAAAGAUGGUUCUGCUCUCACUGUAAGUCCUCAGAGUUAUGGAGGCGGAAUAAUAUACGAAAACAAUAACGGAAGCGUGAUGAGAUACAGUCACAGUAGCCAGCAAAAUGCAGAUGUACCAUUCGCCGUGAGAGAAAAGCUCAGACACUUGCCGACUGUCAUUAAGUAUCUCGUUCAGCCUAAACAGAAAUCGAUAAGAUAGUUUUGAUAUAAGUAAAUGUCUACAGAUCCCAGUAUUUUUUAAAUAGUUUUAACAACUUUGUACGAUAGAGAAUGAAGGAAGAGGUACAAUUUAUAAGAGCGCACUUAUUUGAUACUGCAGAUAGACUCAAAUUGCUGCUCGCAAUUAUUUGACUUUUUACUACGCUUUAGAAGAAUAAAGAUCUAUCAUAAUUUGUAUUUUUUCGUAUUUGCAGUUCGCUUAAAUUUCCUGAAACGUAGUUUGUCAAUUGAGAAAAUAUUUGUGUUUCUAAGAAAAUAAUGUGUUACUUACCAAUGAUUUUGGUAAAAUAUAUCUGUAAGCGUUAGAUUUUCUUGCGAUAUUUUAACGGUAUGUUAUCUUAUCAAAAUCGUGCAAAUCGAGAUAAACAAUGAGAAAAUAAAGAGAAGAAAGAAAACGGAUUCUUGGAUCGAUUUUGGAAUAUUCACGUUUUUCGAAAUUACUCAAUAAAAAUUAGUGAUUUUUCUCUCAAAAAAAUAAAAAGCAUAAUAAUUAAAGUAGAUAUUCGAAUAAUUUAUCGGAAUUCUGUCAAGAUUUUAGACAGGUUUGGUACAACUUAAAGUGUAAAAUCGAUUUUUAUACAUUUUUAAAAAUUAGAAUUAGGUUAUCACCAAUUGAAAUUAGGAGAGGCCGUCCAAACUUUUUAUCAUAAAAGUUAUUAUACAUUUUUUAAAUUUUAAUUGAAAAUAAAGUAGGAAGUUUUUAUAGCAUAUUAACUUCUUAGGCAUUUCGGGUUUGUAUAAUAGAGUAAAAGUCAUAUAGAAGAAUAAAAUUUGUAUAAAGUACGCGUAAACUUUAGGACUUUGAUUAAAUUAGUGGACCAGUUUAUUUCUAAUAUUCACGUUUUCUUUCUUUUGCAUACUUUAAUUUGUAACUUUGAUAAAAACUCACAAGCGUGUUGUGCUUGCAAUAAAUAUUUAUUUUCCUAUUUUA